AUAAUAAAAUGCAUGAAGAUUCAUCUGCUUCAGAGAUGCAAGUUGAUAUUGUGAUGACUUCUGUGCAAAGUUUUGUGACAAGUAGUGAUGAGUUAAAUAAUCAAGAUGCUCCACAUCAUAUAAUGGAUAUUAGUGAAGAGAAUCCAAGCGGUCAUGUGGCAAGCAUAGAUAUUCAAUGUAGUAAUGAUUUGGACAAACCUCAUUGUCCAGCAUCAGAGGUGGACUGUGUAAAGGAAGAAAUUGCAAAUGAAGAUACUGUUACUGAUGUGCAGGAAGCAGCUAAUGUUAUGAUGCAAGGGGAUUCUAUUCUACCUACAAUGGGUGGAUGCAGUGAGAGUGAAUAUCCUGGAGUUCUUACUGAGACCAAUAAAUGUGAAGACAUGGUAGUGCUUAAGGACAGUGAUGUUGAUUGUGAUCAAUCUACAAUGACCAACACAAAUGAGCUUAGGAACAACCUUGGCGAAGUUUCUUCCAGUCCUGAUCAUAUCCUGAAAGGAGAAUCUGACUUACAUACAGUGGACAGAUGCACUGACAAGGAACAACCUGGAGUUCUUGAUGAGACCAAGAAAUGUGAAGAUGUUAUCUCUUUUAAAGAUACAGAUGCUGAUGGAGUUUCAUCUAAUUUGAACCAAAAUGACAGUGGUUAUGGCUCUGAGCUUCAGAACAGCAAUGCUGGAGUUUUGUCUGGUUUAGAUCCUAGCCUGAAAGGGGAUUCUAGCUUGCAUACAGUGGAUGUAUGCUGUGACAAGGAGUCCCCUGAAGUUCCUGCUGAUACCGACAAUAGUGAACAUGUGGUCCCGUUGAAAGAUACAGAUAUUGGUGGUGAUCAAUCUAAAUGUCAUGCACAUAAGUUAUCUCCAAUGGCCUACGGGAGUGACACGGGGCAUGCAGUUGAACUUGGCAACAGCAUUUCUUCCUGUGUAAGCCCUAUAUUGACAGCGGAUAAUGAGUUACAUACAGUGGAUGCAAGCAGUCACAGGAAAUGCUCUGAUGUUCCUGCCGAGACCACUAAAUCUGAAGACAUGGUGUUGUCAAAAGGCACAGAUACUGCCGGUGAUCAUUCUAACAUGAGCCCACAUGUUUUAUCACCUGUAGCCUACAAAAGUGAUACUGGGUGUCCAGAUGAGGUCGGGAACAGCAAUUCUGGAAUUCCUUCCAGUCUAGAUCCUAGUUUGAAGGUGGAUUCUGGAAAGAAUAGCGAGGAGGAUGGAAUGAAAUGUGGUGGCCAAUCCCUUGAUAGUGAGAGUUUGGUCAGAAAGUCUGAGGCUUCUAUGACAGUCAUUGAGGAAACUGAUGUUUUUAAAGGAAAAAGUGAUGAGAUUCGGGAAGUUUGUUCUUCAGCUGAAAUGCCUAGUGAACUGCAUGUGACUGGAGCUUCUAAAAGUCCUCGUGAUGCUGUUGGAGUUUCUGCUGAGGAAUUAAAUGUAUCGUCUUAUAAUCUGGGAGAGAAUACAGAAAGGUGUUCUGAUAAUGAAGUUUACAAAGAAGGCAUAUCUGGAAAAUGUGACCUGGACCUCUCUUCCAUUGAAAAGGAUACUUCAAAAUCGAUCAUUGAAUCUAAUAUUAUGGAUUUGGAGCUUGUCGGAUCUGUUGGUAAGGGAGAUGGGUUGUCAACGAUUCUUGAAGAUUCUGCAGAGAAAGAUGUGAUUCCAACACAAAAUCAUGAUGUUGAUGGCAGUGCAUCAGUGGCUUCUGAGAAUUUUGCAACCACACAUAUUCAUAAUGUAUCAGUGGUUCCUGCAGCACCUUCUCCUGCUAUGGGAUCACACUCGGACAAUAAAGAAGAAACUGCAAUUGAAAUAUCCAAAGAUGUAAGUUUGUCAUGUAUUGUGUCAUCACCUAUGGUAGAAUCUGGCCGAGCCCCUGCUUGUGAAGCUGAAAAAGGUGCUUCCUGUGAUUCUGCUGGGCAACUAUUAUGCAAGACGCUUGAUCAGUCUCUGCCAACUUCAAUUGGUUGCUAUACUGAAAGCCAAAUUGAACCUGGAGCAGCAGUUGCGAACGAGAUUAGUAAGAGAAGCACAACGGAUGUGGAAGUAAAACGAGGUGAUGAUUCUGCAACUCAUGAUGGAGCAACAACAGAAAACAAAUUUACCACAGAAGACAAGUCUGAAAAGUCAUCAGAAAAUGCUAAAGGUGAUGCUUUUGGAAAUUUCGAAGGUCCAAUGCUUUCUGCUUGUUUGCCUGAAUCUUGUUCCAAGUCUGCUGAUCCCGGCCAGCCUGGUUCUGGUUUUCCCAAAGCUCUUAGAACGACCGAGAUUCCUGUGACAAAACAUGGGAUAGGCAAUAUCAUGGAGUCAACAAAUCAGAAUGCCGCAAAUACUGAUGUAGUUGGGGAUAGCAGCAAACGUUCUUCUAAUUCCUCAAAUCCAACUGGAAAUGAUGUCUCCAAAGUUCAGAGAUAUGGCACCUCAGAUGUCACUUCCUUUGCAGAUUUGCCUAUAGGGUUUGCUGCCAACAUCUCACAGCCCUUGCCUGCUACUUCAGCUCCCAAAAUUGUAGAGGGGUCUCAAACAAAUUAUGGCUCAGGCCAGAUAGAUGCAAAGAUGUCACAAGUAAUUUCUCAUGGAGGUGAUGGAGAGAUUGCAAGUGGUGGUUCUAAAGGUACCACAGAACGGAAAAGAAGGCGAGCGUCCACUAAGGGAGCAGGCAAAGAGAGUGCUAAAAAGGGAACUGCGAAAGCAACAACUCCUACAAAACAAGUAGAAAGGGGAGACAUAUCUAGCAGUGUGUCCCUUGGGAAAUCUGGAAUUUUCCAGUUUGCACAGCCUAAUGAGAUACAGUACUAUGGGCUUGUGGAUAGUGGCUCAAAAACUUAUUCCAUUCUUACUAGUUCAACAUCUAGUCUGCCAGAUCUGAAUUCUUCUGCCCCAGCAUCUCUAGUAUUUCAACAGCCUUUCACAGAUCUGCAGCAAGUGCAAUUACGUGCUCAGAUAUUUGUUUAUGGAGCUUUGAUUCAAGGAACAGCACCUGAAGAAGGUUAUAUGGUGUCAGCAUAUGGAGGACCUGAUGGUGGAAGGAGUAUCUGGGAGAAUGCGUGGCGUAUGUGUGUAGAGAGGCUGCACAGUCAAAAAUCCACUCCUAGUAAUCCAGAAACCCCUUUGCAGUCAUCCUCUGACUUGAGAUUUACUGGUGGUAGGGUUCUUGAUCAAGCUGUUAAACAAAGCGCAUUCCAGGGUAAAGUUAUCGCCUCACCUGCUGGUCGAGCCAGCACCAAGGGUAUUCCACCUCCUGCGAGUCCCAUGAUACCAAUUUCAUCACCACUUUGGAGUAUUCCUACCCCUGGUUGUGAGGCUCCUCAAUAUGGUGUGCUGCCAAGAGGUUCGCUAAUGGAGUAUCAGCAGGUCCAUACUCCACUGCUUCCUUUCCAAACAUCACCCAUAAGGAACAUUGUUGGACAAAGUUCUUCGUGGAUGUCUCAGUCCUCGUUUCGGGGUCCCUGGGUCGCUUCCCCACAGACAUCUGCAGCUGAAACCAAUGUUCGUUUCUCAGCAUUUCCUAGUACAGAGUCGGUUCUGCUGACUCCUGUUAAAGAAACAACUUCCUCACAAGUAUCCAGUAUAAAGCAUGCCUCCUCGGUUGUUACUGGUCAAAUUGGGGGUAUAACCAGUGUUUUUGCAGGGAUUUCUCCACUACUUGACCCAAAGAAGGUAGGAGUAGCAUCACCUGGCGAGCCAUCUUCUCAACCAAAGUCUAGAAAAAGAAAAAAGGUGUCAAAUUCUAAGGAACUUGGUCAGAUUAGUUUGCAGCCUCAAUCUCAACCUGAGUCAGCUUUAGCUCUUGCUGUUACUAGUAGUGUACCUACAUCUGUUGUGGUCACCACCCCAAGUACCUAUGUGCCUAACACCAUGCCAGAAAACUUGGCUGCGUCAGUAUCCUCCGAUCACCUCAAGAAAGCAGAUCUUGGUUUGGAGCAGAGGGCAAUUUUAUCAAAAGAUACUCUUAGUAAAGCUAAGGAGGCUAGGCAACAAGCAGAGGAAGCUUCUGCUCAUGCUGCUGCAGCUGUUGGUCACAGUCAGGAAAUAUGGAGUCAGUUGGACAAGCAGAAACAUUCCAGAUUGACAUCAGAUGCUGAAGCCAAAUUAGCUUCUGCCGCUGUUGCUGUAGCUGCCGCCGCCGCUGUUGCAAAAGCUGCAGCUGCAGCUGCCAAUGUUGCAGCAAAUGCUGCAAUGCAAGCAGUACUGAUGGCUGAGGAAGCCUAUGGGAAUCAAAGCGAAUGUUUGAUGGAUUUGAGUACUGAUGCAAUCAAUGCACUGGGAUUGGCUGCUGCAGGAACAGUUUUUAGGGCGGAGGAUGGAACAAACAGUUCAAGUUCAAUCCUUAGUGCUGCUAGGGAGGCUGCUAGAAGGAGGGUUGAAGCUGCAUCUUCAGCCUCAAAGCGAGCUGAAAAUAUGGAUGCCAUAGUAAAAGCUGCUGAGCUAGCAGCAGAAGCAGUAUCCCAUGCUGGAACAGUUGUUGCCAUGGGUGAUCCUUGGCCAUUGAGCGAGUUAGCAAAAGCUGGUCCUGAGGGUUAUUGGAAAGCACCCCUAGUAUCGUCAGAGUUAGUUAAGAAAUCAAAUGAUGGAAUGAGAGAACAAUUGAAUUUUUCCACUCCUGGAUCAGAAGAUUCAGAUAAGGAGGAAACACAGAUAUCUGUUGCUAAGAAAUCACCUAUAGUCAGUGAAAGGGUUACUGAGAUUACAAAGUCUUCUUUGCCCACUUCUGGGAAAGAUAGCAUUGUGGAGGGUUCUCAAGUAGAGGUUUUCAAAGAAGGGGGUGGAUUUGCAGUGGGCUGGUUCACAGCUACUGUACUGAGUUUACAAGAUGGCAAAGCUUGUGUAUGUUACACUGAGCUUCAGUCAGAUGAAGGCUCAGGAAAACUACAGGAAUGGGUGGCACUUGACAGUGAAGAAGAUAAACCACCCAAAAUACGUGUUGCUCGCCUUCUUACCCCCUCCCUUGAAGGGACAAGAAAAAGGCGGAGGGAAGCAAUGGCAGAUUAUGCUUGGUCUGUUGGAGACAAGGUUGACGCGUGGAUACAAAACAGCUGGUGGGAAGGAGUUGUGACUGAAAAAAACAAGAAAGACGAGACGAUACUUAAAGUUCACUUUCCAGCUCAAGGGGAAACGUCACAUGUUAAAGCUUGGCAUCUUCGGCCUUCUCUGAUUUGGAAGGAUGGGAAAUGGGUUGAAUGGUCCAGUCUGCAGAACAACGGCUCAUCCAUGGAGGAUGGUUUGCCGCUGGAGAAGCGAAUCAAAUUGGGCAGUCCUGCAGUGGAAGGAAAAGGGAAGGAUAAGACCUUAAAAAGCAAUGGUCUUCAUUCAGGAAAACCUGAAGAGCCAAGGUUGCUGAAUUUGUCUGCAAAUGAAAAGGUAUUUAAUAUAGGCAACAAUUCCAGGAUUGAAAAUAAGCUUGAUGGAGUCCGAACAAAUCGGACAGGGUUGCAGAAGGAAGGAUCAGUAAAAUUUGGUAUUCCGAAGCCCAAAAGAAAGUUUAUGGAAGUUAGCAAGCAUUAUGUGAUGAAUCAGACUAGUAAGGUUAACGAGUCCAAUGAUUCAGUGAAGUUUGCGAAAUAUUUGAUGCCACAAACAUCAGGUUUCCGUGCAUUGAAAAAUACAUCUAAGUUUGAUUCAAAGAACAAAGAGGGGGCUGAUAACAAGCUAAGGGGUUUUAGAUCUGAAAAGCAGCGAAAUAUAUCGGAUAAAACAGUUCCUCCGAGGGACAACUUGUCAACAGAUUUAGUUUCUGGUGCUGAUGGCUCUAGUCAGUUGGACCAUACAAGAAAGAUCAAGGACUCUGUAAGACAAGCAGAGGGUUUAUCCGGAAAGCGCAACAUAUUUGAGACAGGAUCAAGUUAUAGCUCAGAUGGAAGAGCACAGGGAGCAUCCAUGUUUUCUUCACGAACACCCUCAGAUUUUCCUUCAUCCAAGAAGGUAGCCACUACAAGUGCUAAAUCUGAACGAGGAAAUAAAGGAAAUUUUGCACCAGCUGUUGGGAAGUUGGGUAAAAUUGAGGAGAACAAAGGUAUGAGUAGUAAUCCUGUAAAGUCAACUUCUGAAGUUGUCGAGCCCCGUAGAUCAAAUCGCCGAAUUCAGCCAACAUCAAGACUAUUAGAAGGACUGCAAAGUUCGUUGAGCAUCUCUAAGAUUCCUUCCGUUUCACAUGACAAGGGUCCAAGAAGUCAGAAUAGAAAUGCUUCUAGAGGUGGUAACCAUGAUUGAGAAGAGCUCUUUCAAUGACAGGUUCCAGUUGGAGGAAUGUCGGUUUUUGAUGGCAAGGGAAACAUACCCUGCAUAUUGUGCAUAUUGAUCAUAGAGAAGCAUAGGAUGGAAACUCUUGCUUCCUUGGUUUGACGGUCGGUAAAGAACUAGUCGAGAGUAGAUGUUCAUAAUGAUUUUAGCCUUUGUUUCACAGUUAAUGGUCUUCUUAGGUGGUCUGCCCCAGAUAGGUUGUAUAUGGAAAUUGUCCAUGUAGUUUGGCCUGUUGUAAUGCAAGGAAGAUUUUCAGAUGAUCAUUAAAUUAUUAAUCAGCACCUUGAUGGGAAUCAUCUGCUUUCUAUGAUUGUUUCUAAAUAUCCCCAAUCAAUAAUUUUAACGCUCCGCAUGAGCAACUUUUCUCUUGA